UAAAUUAAAGCGUCUUAGUAAACAUCCAAGAUGGCAAGUGUUAAGCCGGUUAUAGGUUCGGUGCUUAUGAUUUUCUUAGUUGUACUUGGCAUACUGGAUGUCAUUACAAACAUCGAAGAAAACAAAUGUGAAAUGACAUGGAUGUAUGAAAUGCCUCAGUAUUUGCCUGUUGAGAUGCCAAAGAAAGUUCGGGAGAAAUAUCCUCACUAUGGAUUGUAUGUUUAUGGAGAAGGGCAGUAUGCAAAUAUGCUGAGGUCUAUGAAGAUGACAGGUAUUCCAGUAUUGUUCAUCCCUGGUAAUGCGGGAAGCUACAAGCAGGUGCGAUCCCUUGCAUCAGUGGCCUUCAGAAGAGCUGUGGAUAAAAACAAGCUUUACCACUUUAACUUCUUCUCUGUGGACCUCAAUGAAGAGUAUUCCGGUCUCUAUGGCGACUGUUUGCAGUACCAGACAGAGUAUGUGAGAGAGGCAAUCAAGAAAAUAUUGGGUCUCUACAAGUACGCACAGGUUCAACCAAAGACUAUCAUACUAGUUGGGCACUCAAUGGGUGGCAUGGUAGCUAGAGGGCUGUUUACCCUGCCCAAGUUUGAUGCGAAUCUUGUGAACACGAUUUACAUGCAGGCCACACCAAACCAGGCCCCUGUGGUAGUCACUGACCCCGCCCUGCUGGCGUACUACGAGAAGGUGAACACGUACUGGGGAACACAUGGGAACACCACCCUGAGGCACAUCACCCUCGUGUCCAGUGGGGGUGGGGAGUAUGAUGUCCAGGUCAGGGGAGGACUCACACAGCUAGAUGGGGUCACACCCAGUGAACGAAGCAUCAGCACGUCUACGACCCAUUUACCAAAAGCAUGGGUGUCAACGGACCAUCGUUGUAUUGUGUGGUGUAAGCAGGUCGUCUUGGCAUUUGUACGCUCCAUGUUUGACAUUGUGCACGAAAAGAAACACAUGGUGUCAGAGGACAUUGAUUACCGGAUGCAUGUGUUUCGUCAUCACUUCCUGCAGAAUGCGGGUUCAAUCGGUCAUGUGACCCACUGGCCAGAGAGCAUAGAUCUUUCUGCCGGCGGAUGGACCCUGCUGGGAGACCGACUGUUCAGAUGGAGUAGGGACAAGGUCGAGGAGGAGACGUACCUGGCUGUGCCAUUGAUAGAGUUUGAGGACGCAGACCACGUUGUAGUCACCUCUAACAGCCCUCGCGACAGCUGGGUGUGUGUCUGUGAACUGAAGGAAGGUGAAAAACAAUGUUCUAGCUGCAAGGAUAUUUCCUCCACCGGAAAUGUAAUCCCCCCUCUGUACUCGAACAAAAAGGUAGUACAUGUUGAUCUCAACUCAGACGAGAUGGCCCGCAUCACACACAUUGUCAUCGUGAUUCCAAAGACAGAGAAAAAGGUGGAGGUUCUGGGAGAGCUGUACACGCAGGACCAACGGCACCUCAGUAACUCUGUGCCGGGCCUCCUAGAGGUGGCGAUGUCGUACCCGGAGUCAGUUGUCAAGGGAACACUCAUCCUCGACCUUGGCUCUAAGGCAACCUUCUACAAACUCAAGCUUUACAACAUGAACAGCGUCGUGAAGGCCUAUACAGCAACCCUGGAAACAUCCAAGUGCACUAACCAGGCACCAGAUGAGCAUGCUGGUAGCGUUAUGAAGUUCCAUGUGCCUUGGAGCAAUGAUGAUGCAUACAGAUAUGCCAAGUAUGGUGAGAGAGGAAACAUCACCAUGAGACUUCACACGAUCCCGCCAGACCCGGUGGUGGACCCACGCUCCCUGGAGUUUUCGUUUGAGGCCCUCUCAGUUGCUAACGACUAUGUUGAGCUCUCCCUCUACCUUGACCCGACCUGCUCCCACCAGAUCCGCCUAACCAUGUCCUUCAAGCAGAUGCUGGGACAGUUUGUGCGUUUCUAUGGUAUCCUGAUGCCAGUGUUCUGUGUUGCCGUGCUACUGAUGUCCCUUGUACAUCAGCUACGUACAGUUGCUACAGAUGGUUAUUGUCCCAGUGUUCUGAACUCCAUCUGGCAGAUUAAACCGUACUUUGUAGUUCCAGCCGUCCUGCUCAUACAGUUCCUACUACAGCUGAAGGUGGUCGAGGGUACACUAGGCCCUCUUGGGGUUCCUGCACCAGACAUACAGGGGCUCGACAGACAGGGCAUCAUGUUUAGGGGAGCACCAGUCCUGUUCUACAUGACCGCUUCAGCAAUCACCACUUUCCAGGCUGGAGUCAUACAGAUCAUUAUACAGUUCAAGAGCAGGCUACUUGGGCUCGUAUUUGGAUGGUUACCAGUCAGUGUCACCUCCCUGCUGGACAAAGUCUUGUUGUUAAUCUGUAUAGCAGCCGUGGGCCUGGCUAUAACUGUCUCCGGUGCACUUGCCAUAUUCAUUUGUUAUGUUGUUGCAUUUAUACAGCUGCUGCGUCUGUGCUACAGUGAGCGCCAGUCAUCUGACCCGAGUGUUCGGUCCCGCUACCACUUCCAGCAGACGCUUUUCAUGCUGUGGUUAUGGCUUCUUAUGCUCAACGCUCCGCCUCUUGUCGUCUUCGGCAAGGCUACCUUGGCGAGUGGUUCUGUGUCGCUAUUCCAGCGUGACCCGAGCGGGCUUGUGGGGUCAGCAGCGGCCAUCAUCUUCCUCUCUAUCAUCAGCACAAAUACACCACAAAAUGCAAGGUCCCUAUCUCGUGGUGUAUCCUAUGUUAUCCACAUACUGGUUAUCGGUAUGGUGACAUUCAGUAUGGUGGUCCUCUACCGGAUAACCUACACUGUGCUGGCAGCCCUAGGAGUGCUGGCUGCCACACAGGUGUACGGCGCCCUGACCGCCCGGCAGGCUCCAAGGCCCAAAACAGAGUAGACUUCAGAUGCUGAGAGAGUUAGCACCAGAUUAAAAAUUGAGGGAACAAUGACAUUGAGAGAUGUACGGAAAUUUAUAGGAGCAAUUAGAUUGCCUGUGUUUUAAGGUAGAACAAAGAGGAUAUGUAAAUAUAUGUUGUACAGUUGAACACCGUUAAUCUGAAAUCACAGGGAUCUAAAAAGGUAUUUCGGAAUAGUGAUAUUUCGGAUUAACAAUUUUCAGAAAAUAACACCGUUCACAAAUUAAAGAUGAUGUGAAAUACUAAGUCGUGAACAUUGCAAUGUCAGUUUCAUGUUUCCAAUAGGAUACAUUUGGUUUUAGUGAUCUUUGGUAUACAAAAAUAUUUGUUGAUUUAUUGUUCAAUAAAUGACAAAUAAUU